GGCAGACGUCAUGAUUAACACGAGCGUAAGUCAACUCGUGAACCAAGUGGACAAGAGCGACUUUACACUGUACGCAGAAUGGGAGGACACGUGUAUUAAAAUAAUAGUACUGAGGCCGUGCACGGUGCCUUUAAGUGGCGAGAUGUAUAUAGAGAACGCCAACUACUUUCUAAACCACUUGGACGAAUCCUUCGAGACGUAUCUAGAGAAGACGAAACAUGCAUUCUCUGGUAAAAACUCCGACAUACAAUUCUUUCUACAGGACGACACAUUAACGUGGAAACAGCAAAAUAUUCUCACUCGCGGAAAAAUCGCAGUACACUCUCUUUCGAACAUAUUAAUUCUUUCCGACACUUUGAAGCAGUCGUUAGAGCUUUACCAAGAAUGCCAAGAGCGAGCACUGGCGCUGGGAAACGAAAAUGAACACCUGAACAAAACCAAUACAAAGCUGAUCGCGGAUCUAGAAGAGAUGACAAGGAUAAAGACCGCUAUGGAGAAAGAUAUUUAUAUGAAAUUUCUUUUACUUCUGAAUACAAAGAAGAAAAGGAUUAAAGAGCUUCAGCAAGCUUUAAACGAUACCAAAAAGACGACCAAAUCGGCGUUUGAUGAGACCACUGAUGAUGAAAGCGACGGGUCAGAUGUGGAGAGUAACAAAGUGCAUGGUAAACGUGCUAAAACAAGAACAGAUGAGAUGGAUUACGAGGACGAACAGAAAAUUGUACCAAAGAGUAGCAAGAAAAAUCUUAAGAGACGGAUGACUUUUUCUUCUAGUGAAGAUACAAGCCCUGAACCCUCAACAAGCAAAAGCAAUGUAACAUUACGAAACAUGGACAUAGAUGAUACAAUGAAACCCAAGCAAAUUCUGCACAGCUCAGAAGAAUCCGAAGAGGACAUUUUUGCCUAGUAGCAAAAGUAAUAUAUCGCACUCUUCCUUCUAUUUAAAAGAGCUACGUUAUACAAUUUUUUAACGUUAUUGCUUAUCGAAUUAUUCUUUUACAAAAAAUUUACAUGUUAAAUA